AUGUUUUGGCUUUUGGUUUUUCUCCAAAUUGUGGCAAUUAAUUGUCAAUAUGCGGAGCCGGUGAAAGAUGUCGGAAAUGCCCCAGCUCCACCUCCACAACAACAACAGAACAUUCCGAUGGUUAUUCCAGGAUAUCCCUAUUAUGAUAAUGAUGUUGAAAGUUAGUUUUUUGUCGGAAAGCCCAUUUUCAAAAAUGUUUUUUUUCCAGUAGUCUAUGUUCCUGGGCCUCCAGGACCUCCGGGAAAAGCUGGAGAUGUUGGUGACGAUGGAAAUGAUGGGCCAAGAGGAUAUCGGGGAAAUAAUGGGCGACAAGGAGAGAAAGGGGAUAAAGGAGAGCAAGGAAUCCAGGGACCUGAAGGACCACCCGGAAAAACUGGAAAAGAUGGUGGUGCUGGAAAGAACGGGAAGAAAGGUGAACGUGGAGAUCGAGGAGAUCGAGGAGAGCAAGGAGUAACCGGGCCACCUGGAAAUCAAGGAAAGGAUGGUAAAGCUGGGAACCCGGGUAAACCAGGAGAUCGUGGAGAAACAGGAAAACCCGGCGAACAAGGAAAAACUGGGAAAGACGGAGAUCGGGGAGACAAAGGAGAUAAGGGACCACGUGGAAAAACUGGUGAAGACGGACCACGAGGAUUUAGAGGCGAUGCUGGAGAGAAGGGAAAUACGGGAGACAAGGGGCCGAGAGGAUUGCCAGGAGAUCGAGGAGCGACUGGGAAACCUGGACCUCCUGGAAGACCGGGAGAUUCUGGAGAACGAGGAGACAAAGGCAACAAGGGAGCUGCGGGACCUCGAGGGGAUAGUGGUGAAAAAGGAAACACUGGACAAAAAGGGCCACCUGGUACGAGAGGCGAUAGAGGAAAAGAUGGUCUUCCUGGACAAGAUGCUACUAAUUGUCCACCUGAUGCUUAA